AUGUCAAACUCACUAAGUUUAUCUUAUGAUGAAACUUUGGAACCAAUGAAUAUAUCUUACUUUGAUGAAGAUAGUGAAUUAUUAUCAUCAGCAGAAGCUACUACUAGUAGUGAAUCAUUCGUAUGGAAAUAUUUUACAAAGAAAAAAAUUAAAAACAAAUUAGUUGCGGCAUGCUCAUUUUGUAAUACAAACCUUAAAAUUCAAGAAGAUGGUUCAACUUCAAGUUUUAAAAGGCACCUUGCUACCAAAUAUAAAAAUAAGGUAUUAGAAUUAAAAAGAUCAAAUAUAAUACCUGAUGCUGGCAUUAUUGUUUUAGAUAUGUUAAAAAAUAAUGCUAGUAUAAAUCAUAAUCAUGAGGGUCUUAGAGAUAUAUUUACAUACUUGGAACCAUGUGCAACAGCACCAUCAUCUGAUUUAAUUAAAAGGCAUAUUACAAGCAAUUUUGAGGAAGAGUGUAUUAAGCUCCAAAACAAAUUACAAGAGGUUCUGGGUCGUGUGUCAUUAACAACUGAUAUUUGGACAACAGACACUAAUGAUAAAUCAUUUAUACGACACACAGGUGUAGAAAUAGCUAAUUAUAUGGAAGAAUGUCUUUGGUCAUUAGGAAUUAUUUCUAAAGUAAUAGCUAUUAUACGUGAUAAUGUAUCUGCAAAUAAUAAAUUUUUACAAAAAUUUUCAGAUUCUGUUUCACAAAGUGGUAUUUGGUUUGAUGACACACAACAGUCAAUAAGAUGUUUUGGCCAUAUAUUGAAUCUUGCAAUACAAUGCAUGUUUAAGAAUCUAGAAGAUGAAAUACUAAUUAAAUGUAUUAGAAGAUCGAAAAUACUUCAUAAAAAAAAUAGCACCUAUGAUAUGUGUAAACAUGCAAUAGUAUUACAAAUUGUUUUGAACACUCUUUCUUAUACUGAAUCAGACUUACAUCAGUAUGUACUUUCUGAGGAGAAUUGGAAGAAAAUUAAGCUUCUUACUGCAAUUUUAUUACCAUUUAAAGAUGCAAUAGUUAAAAUGUUAAAACAAGAAUACCUGACUUUGUCAAUGGUAAUUCUCUUUUACUAUACAUUAAUUGAAACACUUAAAGAGGCUAUAAGAAAUAAGAACACACCACAAUGGCUUGUUAAAGGAUGCAAAGAUGCUAUGACAAAACUUUUAGAUUAUUGUGAAAAAACAAAUAUAUUAAUUCUUGCAGCAGUAAUAUUGAAUCCACGACUUAAGCUUGAAUAUUUUCAAACACUUGGUUGGCCAUUAUGA